AUGCCCCGCCCCAAACCCACCCCCCGGCGGCGUGGCGCUCCCCGAGCCCCCCCAUCGCCCCGGCCGCGGGCACGCAGACUCCGCCCAGGUCAGCGGGCAUUGCAGGAGAUCCGCAGGUACCAGAGCAGCACCCGCCUGCUGCUGCGCCCCGGCCCCUUCGCCCGCCUGGUGCGGGAGAUCUGCCUACUCUUCACCCGCGGGGUGGAUUACCGCUGGCAGCGCAUGGCCCUGCUGGCGCUGCAGGAGGCGGCAGAGGCCUUCAUCGUGCGGAUGCUGGAAGAUGCGUACCUAUGCUCGCUGCACGCCCGCCGAGUCACCCUGUUCCCCAAGGAUCUGCAGCUGGUCCGGCGCCUGCGAGGAGCCGAGGCGGGGGGCAUCUGAAUGGCGACCCCCCUGAGCCCCUGCACAGACUCAACCCCCCAGACCCCUGUACCAGGACCCCCACCCUGAGGCUCACUCCUGACAAUCUCACACCCCUAAUUUUAUUGGGACCUCCUAUGGUAUCAUCAUGCUGAGACACCCCCCACCAUGGAGUCCCCCAAAGCUGGGGCCCUAUCCUGACAUGCCCAAUCUGAUUUAGGAUCCACUUCCCCAAGACUCCCCAUAUGGACCCACCCCAUAGACUCCCCCCUAUUGGAUCCCCACCUCAGGAUCCCCAACAAUCCCUUCAGGGAUCCAUCCCAGAGUGGAGGUCCCUUUCCUUAGUCCAGCACCCAUGACAUUAUUGAGGAGUGCUACCCAUGAUUCCCCUGGAACCCUGCUCACCAGGUGCACUCCAAUAAGUUAAUAAAUGUUUGUGACUCCUA